AUGACGGUGGGAGUACCCCGUGCCCUCCGGAACCUCCUGCUUCUGCUGUGGACCCUCCUGGACUGUGGUUUGGGGGGCAGUGCUCAGGGUCCGGGUGAGUGGACUCCGUGGCGAUCGUGGAGUCGCUGUUCCAGCUCCUGCGGCCGGGGGCUCUCGGUGCGCAGCCGCCGGUGCGUCCGGUUCCCUGAGGAGGAGCCGUGCUGGGGGGAUUCCCACGAGUAUCGCCUCUGCCAGUUGCCAGACUGUCCCCCAGGGGCUGUGCCCUUCCGAGACCUCCAGUGUGCCCUCUACAAUGGCCACCCUGUCCUGGGCUCUCAGAAGGCCUACCGAUGGGUGCCCUUCUACGGCGCGCCCAACCAGUGCGACCUCAACUGCCUGGCCGAGGGGCACGCCUUCUACCACAGCUUCGGCCGCGUGCUGGACGGCACCCCCUGCAGCCCGGGUACCCAGGGUCUCUGCGUGGCUGGCCGCUGCCUCAGCGCUGGCUGUGACGGUUUGCUCGGCUCAGACGCCCUCGAGGACCACUGCGGCCGCUGCGGCGGCGCCAACGACUCGUGCCUCUUCGUGCAGCGCGUGUUCCGUGACGCCGGUGCCUUCGCUGGGUACUGGAACGUGACUCUGAUCCCCGAGGGCGCCAGACACAUCCGCGCUGCCCACCGGAGCCGCAACCACCUGGCGCUGAUGGGGGGCGACGGGCGCUACGUGCUGAACGGGAAUUGGGCGGUCAGCCCGCCCGGGACCUACGAGGCGGCGGGCACCCUCGUGGUCUACACCCGCGCCGCAGCGGAGGAGACGCUGCACGCGGUGGGGCCCACCUCCCAAGACCUGCUCCUGCAGGUCCUCCUGCAGGAGCCCAACCCCGGCAUUGAGUUCGAGUUCUGGCUCCCUCGGGAGCGCUACGGCCCCUUCCAGGCGCAGGCGCAGGCCCUGGGCUGGUCCCUGCGGCAGCCGCAGCCUCGGGAGGUGGAACCUCGGCCCCCCGAGCCUCCCGCAGGGCCCGCUGCCAGCCCCCCGAGGACCCCGACCCCUGCCCCAGACCCCUGCCCACCCUGCCCCGACACCCGCGGUCGCGCCCACCGGCUGCUCCACUAUUGCGGCAGCGACUUUGUGUUCCAGGCCCGCGUGCUGGGCCGCCUCCGCCAGGCCCAGGAGACCCGCUACGAGGUGCGUGUGCAGCUCGUCUACAAGAACCGCUCACCACUGCAGGCCCUGGAGUACGUGUGGGCGCCGGGCCGCUGCCCCUGCCCACCGCUGGCCCUCCAUCGCGAGUACCUGCUGGCCGCCCAGCGCCUCGUCAGCCCCGAUGGCACUCAGGACCGGCUGCUGCUACCCCAUGCUGGCUAUGCCCGACCCUGGAGUCCCGCUGAGGACAGCCGAAUACGCCUGGUCGCCCGGCACUGCCCUGUCUGAGCCCCUGGACCAGGCCCCCGCCUCACACAGCAAGAAAGACAUGCCUGACCAGGCUCAAACUCAACCUAUUUCCCCUCUUGCCUUGGCUUCUGGGAGGCUCAGAAAUAUCUCCCACCGGAAGCGUGUGACUCUGUGUCACACACACUUAGACACCCCUGCACGCAGUCAGAUCCACUGUCAUAAGCAGGUAGGCACUGGUGAGGACACACUGAAUAGACUCUAACUCCUAUUUCCUCUCUCACUCUGGCUACCAGGAAACUCAUAGCUAUGUUAUACUCAGAAAUUUUGUGUCUGCUUUUAUUCCCCUUGCCUCACUCUCACUUGCCUAGAGACACCGUUACAAACUAGCAAGGCCCAGAGGAAGACUUGACUAACAAGACAUUGUAACGUAUCAGUUUCCCCUCUUGCACUGGCUGCCAGGAAGCUCAUCACUGUUUAACUCUCUGGCACUCUGUGCUCUCCCUUCUCGCUGCCACUUACACAUACACCCUCACGUAUUCAGAGACACCAUCACAAGCAGGC